UUCCGCAAACAUUGUAGCGUGACAGAACAGGUGCUACCAAACAGUGUACACAGACGUUUACCUGCCUGCUUCAGUAACUCUGGCUGUAAUUUAUUCUUCUCAUAUCCAACACCUGGUGAUGGGACAUGUUUGUUGGUCAUAGACAAAUUUAAUCAGUAAUUUUAAGAUAAAAUCAAUCGGUUAACAUGGAUGAUUUUCUGGUGUCUGCUCCAGGAAAAGUAAUUUUGCACGGGGAACACGCAGUUGUGUAUGGCAAGGCUGCUUUGGCAACUAGUUUAAACAUCCGAACAUUUAUGAGACUUAGCCGGACCCAAGAUGGAAUGUUAACAGUUAAUCUUCCUAACAUCAGCGUGAAGGCAUCGUGGCCAGUUGAGACCAUCAAGUCAUGUUUUAGUCUACCUUUCAUUGAUACUCCGACCCCACAGCUGGACAAGGUUACUCCAGACAUCCUCAAUCAAAUAAAGGAAUUUGCUAACAUUGACAAGGAUUCAGCACAGACUACAGAACUUGCAGUUGUCGCAUUGUUGUUUCUCUAUGGCAGUAUAGCAGCUAAAACGGGGACUCUGCCUUCCAUCACUAUCUGUGUAUUAUCCAAACUGCCAGCCAGUGCUGGCCUGGGGUCGUCAGCUGCAUACUCUGUGUGCUUAGUAACAGGUCUCCUCUCACUGAGCGGUCUCAUACAGGAACAUGCUGCGGGAGACAGGCACGAGGGGAUGUGGUCUAAGGAGGAGCUGUUACUAAUCAAUUCGUGGGCUUUCAUUGGUGAAAAAAUCAUUCAUGGCAAUCCUUCUGGGAUUGAUAACUCAAUAAGUACUUUUGGUGGUGCUAUUCGCUUUCAAGCCGGCAAGAUAUCUCGUUUGGAUAAGAUGCCACCUUUGCGUAUUUUGCUGGUGAACACUAAAGUUCCUAGAAGCACAAAAUUGCUGGUAGCUGGAGUUAAAGAGCGAUAUACAAAGUAUCCCUAUGUGAUGAAGUCUGUGAUGGACACAACGGAAGCCAUUACAAACAUCUGCCAGGAGGUUCUUUCCCAGAUGGCAGAGAAAGAAUCAGGAGAGUACUACACGAUGUUGGAGGAUUUCAUUGACAUCAACCAACACCAGUUGGGUGCCAUGGGAGUGAGUCACCCGUCUCUAGACCAGAUUGUCCUCGUGUCAGCCAAGUACGGUCUGCACACAAAGCUCACUGGAGCCGGUGGUGGGGGCUGCACGUUUACACUCAUUAGACCAGAUACACCACCAGACACAAUAUCAGCCCUGAGACAGGAACUUGAAAACUUGGGAUUUUCAUCCUGGGAGACAAAAUUAGGUUCAUUUGGCAUUAUUCAGCAUUUCAGCAGCAAUGGAACCUUCGAUAUACCCGUAAAUUUGUGAUAAACAUAAUUAUAGUUCUACAUGGUCAAAUAUUCAUCAGUAUGACUGGGAUUGAUUUGCACCGAACAAAUGACUGAAAAUACAUUUCUUUUUUGUUUGUUUUUUGUGUGAAAAGUUUGUCCUAAAAAUGUAACAUAAAAUCAUCAUUAAUAAUUGGAAACAUUUAAUAUAUUUUUAAUGCAUUUUUUUGGAAAUUCAAAUUGAUUUCACGUACAAUUAUUUUAACUCUCACAUGAAAUUAAGUUCAAUACCCUGCAAAAUUGGCACGUAGAAGCAAUGCAAUUUUCAUUUGAAUUGCUAGGAAUGUUAAAUAAUGCACCUUGUAAAUAUGUACAUGAGAUCAAUUGUUUUAAUUUAUAACUUAUCAAAAUAAAUUGUUUUAUUUAUUAUUUGCUAAAUUAGUGACUGAAAGCAUUAUUUUUCAAAAAUUAUAAAUCGAGAUAUCAUUUUACUGUGUUUACUUGUUGUCAUCCUGUCUGAUAAGUAAAAUACUAUUGUUGUGUAUUAUUUGUUGUUUACAUGUGCUGUUAUCAGGCAUGGAUCCUGCAUUUUAUAAUGGAGGGGACCCGUAAUUAUUAAUAUAAUAUGUCUUUAAUUAACACUGAUAAUGAGAUUUCUCACCAUGUACGAAGUAAAAUUUAAUUACUCCGACCACACCAUAUAAGGGGAGGUAACACUCUAUCACUCCUGAGACGAGUUGAAGGAGAGUCAUUUUUUUUAUCACACCUUAGCAUGUGAAUUUAUAUGGUAUCAAUAUAGUAAUCUUAAAUGGCUCACAAUAAUAACUUAUGGGUGCCAUUUAAUUACUAAAUCAGUCUCCUCAUGUACUUGAAUACUUGACCAAAAAUGGAGAACUAGAUCCAUUGAGUCCCUCCUUAAUCUGCGCCUGUAUUUUUGUUGUUGGUUAAUAAUUAAGUCUGUUCACUAUUAAGUUCAAACUAAAUUUUUAAAAAUACAUUCAGUACCAAUUUUUUUUUCAGAAAUGGUCUCACAGGGCUAGUUGGAACAUUUUAAAGAGAAAAAUGUGAUCAAUGUGACUCACAAAAUAUAUAUAUUUUUAAACCAAAUAUGCUAAAAGACAAAAAUAAUUAAAACCCGUCAAGCAUCAAAACUGCCUGCCCCAUGUGGCUAGUUCUAGAAUGAUCCUGUAUGACUUGUCUAAUAGCUCAAGUGUAAGUUAACUAUAUUAUUAUUUAUUACCCCAGCAGGCACUCAUAACGGGGAAAAUUAAAAUUACUACUAUUGGGGAAAUUUGACGUAAACAAACCAAUCAUCUUGUCGGUACUAUAUCUGUGAACCGUGAAUAAUAUACUAAGUUAAAGCAAUACCCAGAACAGUGUAAAGUGGUUUACAUUGUUUCUAUAUACAUGGACGUGUAGCCAAUGUAGGCGAUAUCGAAAAGUAAAGCCUUUAAAAAAACUCCAAAUAGCUGGGGUAAUAAAUAGAAUAACAAACUCGGUACCAGUUAUCAAAUUUAUGUCCCGAGUGAAAUAAUUUUCACUCGUGACAAAUGAAAAUGAUUUCACUCGGGACAUAAAUUUGAUAAUGACUGGUAACUUGUUUAUUAUCCUCUAUGUACUGUAUUGUGUACAUGUUGGUAGUCCCGUUUGAAAUUAUUCCUCACACUUCAUGCUUUUGUGAAUGAACCACUGAACAAGAAUAUGGUGCAAUAACUCCGAUUGUUGGAAACUAGUCAAACCCUUCUAAAAAGGCUACCAAGUUUAUCUACAAACUAUAUCUUACUACACAGGUCAUCUUUAUAGUGAGGUACAACUUGCAUAAAUGUGUAUGCACAGAGGAUAUACUUAAAUACAUUUUAUAGACAAUUGGUGGAUAAACGAGGUGCCUUUAUAGAUUGUGUUGUGUAUGCAGUAUAAAACUUAAUUUAUAGAUAUGCAUAUUGUUAUAAUAAUGCAUAUACAGUAGAAUCUCAUAGGCUCGAACACGAAAUGAUCGAACUGCUAUUCUUGAACCAAGGACAAACUCCUAAAUUUUUCUGCACUGAAGGUUGGAAUAACACUUUGGUUGAAUGCAAGCCUUCUCACACAAUUAUGUCAGUCCUGUCAGAGAGAAGUCAGUGUAAUUAACAUUUCAUUCAAACUGAUAAUUCAUUAAAUUUCAAGAAACUACACCCUUGAUUCUCAUUUAUUAUAUAUAUACACACAUGUAGGUGCAAUUGGGAAUUAUUAUCUCAAGAUAUUUUAGCAGCUACUUACUUGGCAACUGACCAAUCGCCAGUGGCUGCAUCAUUGCCUAUGGACCAUUAUGCAACCAACUGAAAGAAAGGCUGUCGACAGUGAUUGCCGUGUGCGGUUUUAUAACAGUAAGACAGACCUCGUGCACUGGUUCGACAUAGGAUGGCAACAAUUUUGCCUCCGUUAUGCGUGUGCAAGUUGUAGUUAAUUCCAUAAAAUCAAAGCAAGUUCAAACAUUUUGCUUGAUUAUGCGAACACUAAUUUCUUUUGCCGUAUACAAUGCAAAUAACUUUUUGGAAUCUUUUAGUUCACACAAAAUUAUAAAUAAAUAUACCUGGGCUUUAAAUCGUUCAAGAAUAAUUUCAGAUUAUAAAAGAUUACGGACUCCUGAAGGUAGCAGAAUGCUGGUUUCUAACUAGUCAAUGUGUCGAACAAAUUAUAGUGUUCGACCCAAUGUGAUUCUACUGCAUUUUAAAAUCAGUAUGCAAAGAUUCAAGCUAUAUGCAUUCCAUUACUGGGCACAUGCUGUUGUUAAGCAUACAUGAUUUUUAGUUUGAAAAAUAAUGUUCAGUGGACAUGUAUGUGGUUAAUAAUAAAAUGUGUUAAAAUAA